CGCGCCGCCGCCCGCCGGUGCUCGGCUGCCGCGAGCCGCCGCUAGGGUUAGGGAAAUAGGAGUGCGGGCAGGCAGGGAAGAGGGCGCAGGUCUGGCUCGCCCGCUCGUGGCUCCUGCCUCCUGCUGGCGUCCGAUGGGGAACGGGGAAGGGUGGGCAAGGGAGCAGGAGUCGGGUUGGGCCCAUAAUUGGGCCUGGAGAAGUUGGAGGACGUGGAGUAUUGAGCCCAAGUUGCAAAAUGUGAUUGAAAAGUCUGUUUUGAGGUCCUAGUUUCAUAUUUUGUGAUACAUACAUAUGUUAUACACUAUAUCUAUAAAUUUUUUUGCCAAAAAUUUUGGGUAUUCAACUGAAUACCCAUGAAUACAUGUGGGGCCCGCCCCUGGAUUCAAAGCAGUUCUCUCUCGAGCUGUUCCUCGAUCCACAUCUAUGGAUCGAGUUCCUGAGGGGGCGACUCCUGAGAGGGCCAAGUGCGUGUUCUCGGUGCUCAGUGUUCGUGCCAAUGUCGUUGUGGAUCCAGAGUUUGGGGAGGCGGUCAUCGAUGAAGAUGAACCAGCUAUUGCGGAGCUCUGUGAGGAGGUGAAUCAACUGUCAAUGUCUGGACCGAAGCAUCGUCGAGUUUCUAUUGAUGAAAAGGGUACGAAAGCCUCUUCGUCUGCUGAUGCUAUUGCUUCAUUGAGGCUGCAGUCCAUUGGCAAGAAUGUUACUGCCCAAGUUUCUGUUGUUUCUGAGGAAAGUGAAGUUCUAGCACAUGAUGUUGUAGGCCUUCCUUCUUGGUUAGAAAAAUCUUCGAAGGGUAUAAAGCAAGAGUUUGUCAUCCCACUGAAGACCAUCAUGCUCCAUGUUUUCAAUGAUCUUGGUGUUACUGAUCCUCUUUUCACUAAAGUGGACUUUUGUGGGCAGUUCCAAGUUCACAUUGAUGCAAAUACAAACCUUCCCUUUAGCUUUCUCCCAGCUGUUAGAAACCCAAGAAUUUCUGGAGAACUUUGCAGCAGUUUGGAAGUUCAUUGUUCAUGUCAAGUAUCAUGACAAGUGGAGUUGUUACUUUUGGGACUUCAAAAGGAAAAUGUUAACUGUGUUGGAUCCUUGCAUGAUGAACACAAGUUCUAUUAAAGUUGCCAUGCAUCAUGAGCAAGCUGUUUUAGACAUCCACAAAGCGAUGAUUGAAUGCAUAAACAAUUUUUUUGUUGGUUGGUCUGUUGAAUUUGGAGGAUGGAGUUUCCAUUACCCAACUAACCAUGGGCCAAGAUGCAAAUCUGUUAAUAGUGGCCUUUAUGCUGUCCAUUAUGCCAGAGCUUUUGAUGGUGAAAAUAUCCGCUUCGAUGUCAAGGAACCAUCAGAGAGCAAUCUCUCUGAUGCUAGGGCUGAAAUCCUCUACUGGUUGUUCAUCAUGGCUGGGAACGAAGGCUUCUUGCCUGAAGAUCUGUUUCAGGAACUUGGCAUCCAUAUAUAAUUUGGCAAAGCGCAUCAUAAUGAGUUGCUAGAGCUUUUGUUUGCCUUUUGAUUGUUUUGUCAGCUGAAUUCUAUUAUGUAUUUGACUAGCUCACGUUUAAUGGUGUAUUUGACUAGCUGACGGUUUACCGACAUUACAGCUCAUGCGUAUUGUCUGCAUCUUUGCACUCCAAAUUGGUGUUCUAGUACUGGUGA